AUGGCCAAGUGGUGCUUCAACCUGGGGAUAAGCCUGAAACGGGUCGAGGUCAUCGAGGACGACGAGAGCGAAAUCGUCGAGGCCGUCCGUCGCAUGAGUGACCGCUACGACUUUGUCGUGACAAGCGGCGGCAUCGGACCAACUCAUGACGACAUUACCUACCAGUCCAUCGCCAAGGCCUUCCACCUGCCCCUCAAGCUGCAUCGGGAAUCCUUCGACCGGAUGAAGCGCAUGUCCAAGCCGCACCCCUCGCAGCCCAACUUCAGCUGGGACGUCGACUCGCCCGCCCUCAAGGCCAAGCUGCGCAUGGUCGAGCUGCCCACCGACGAGGCCCGCGACCUCAGCUCCCAGUUCCUGUUCCCGGUCGAGGAGCUCUGGGUCCCCGUGUCCAUCGUCAACGGGAACGUGCACAUCCUGCCCGGCGUGCCCAAACUGUUCGUCAAACUGCUAGACGGCCUGAAGCCCCACGUCAUCCCGCGCCUCGUCGAUCCCGAGGCCAAGGGCGCGGUCCGCAUCCUGAUAUCGACCCCGCUGGCCGAGAGCGAAGUCGCCGCCUUCCUGACCCAGCUGGCCGCCAAGGUCGAGCCCAAGGGCGUCAAGGUCGGCAGCUACCCGCGCUGGGGCCAAUCGCGAAACACCGUCACCCUCGUCGGCAGGGACCGGGCCUACUUGGAGAGCCUCGUCGCGGAGGUGGAGGAGAACGUCCGGGGGAGGCGGGUCGCGGCCGAGGGCGAGGACGACGAGCCCGGAUCUGAGACGGACAAGGAUGCGUGA